AUGACAUGCAACCCAUCAUGGAGAGAAAUUGUAGACGAGUUAUUGCCAGGUCAAACAGCACAAGAUCGUCCCGACUUGAUCACCAGAAUAUUCCAUGCAAAAUUUGAGGAAUUCAAGAUGGACGUUGUAGAAAAAGGCGCUCUUGGGAAGGUUAUUGCCUAUGUCUAUGUCAUUGAGUUUCAAAAAAGAGGCUUGCCACAUGUUCACAUGCUGCUCAUUUUGGACGAAAUAGAUAAACCAAAAUCUCCGGAACAGUAUGACACAUUUGUGAGAGCCGAGAUACCUGAGAGAGAUGAAGAACCACGAUUAUACGAUGUUGUUUUGAAGCAUAUGAUCCAUAAUCCGUGUGGUGAAGGUCGUCGAAAUUCUUCUUGCAUGGAAAAUGGGGUUUGUAAACGUAAAUUUCCUAAACCCUUUGUAGUAAGUACAGUCCAAGGCAAGAACUCAUAUCCUAUUUAUCGUCGUCAUGGUGAUCGUCCUCCAGUACCUUUACAUGAGAAUAGUGCAACCUUCGUUGAUAAUGGUUGGGUUGUUCCAUAUAAUUCAUGGUUGCCAUUAAAAUAUGAUUGUCAUGUCAACGUAGAGAUCUGUAGUAGCAUCAAGAGCGUCAAAUAUUUGUACAAGUAUGUGCAUAAGGGUGUAGAUCGUGUUUCAAUGGAAGUUCGAGCAGGGGCUGAAUACAAUGAGAUUCAACAAUAUGUGGAUGCUAGGUGGGUAUGUGCACCUGAAGCCUUAUGGAGGAUAUAUCAGUUUCCCAUUACUCGAAUGUGUCCAUCUGUUGAUCGAUUACAACUACAUUUACAAAAUCGGCAAAUGGUUAGAUUCAGUACAAAUCAAUCUAUUGAAGAUAUCCUUCAGAUGCCACAAAACUCUCGAACUAUGCUCACAGAGUUCUUCAAGAUGAAUUCCUUAGAUCCAGAGGCAAGAAAAUACCUAUGUAGAGAAUUUCCUCAACGUUAUCGAUGGCUGACGGCUACAAAAACUUGGAGAAAAAGGAUGAGUACAUAA